AUGCCAACGGAUACACCGAGAAGCCUUGCCGACAGUUCAUAUCUACAUGAAAUGUCGCAAAUUGGGGAGGAAACAACAGACCGUCACACGAGACACGUGAGCUAUUCCGUGAAACCUGAGGAGGAUCUUCCGUGGCUUCCACCGCCUGUUUGGAAGACUGUGCUGUGGUUCCUCUUUGACACCGUGAUGAUUCUUAUUUCCCCCUUUAUCCUGCUGCCGUUUUGCUACCUCAUGUCGGGACUGGACAGUCAUCGUUUUGCAGACAUCGGUACCCUGAUGACCGGGUGGAUGGCUGUAGCGUACGUUUUACUUCACCACUACAUGGACAAUGCGAAGUUCAAGAACGCGCUCAUUAGGCUCAAGUGGGGCACGCCGGCCCUCAUAGCAGUGUUUACUCCUGUUAUCAUGCUCAUGGCUGUCGUGGGGACGUACCUGGAGUUCUAUCUCAUUUACUUUUUCACCGGACAGUAUAAGGUGUCCCAUGGUCUUGUGUCGUGGCAUGAAGUGGCCUACUUUCUAACCAUUACCAUGGACGGAUCUGUGUUUUCUGGAAACCUGUUUGGUGUUACGACUGAUCCUGCACAUAAAGCAACGCUCCGAUACUUGCUCUCGUGGAUCAUCUGGAUUGUGUUUGCGACCGACACUCAGGGAGGUCACGGACUGGUGAUAAGCAACGGGAGCUACUACAAUCAGUGGGGCGCAAUUCUCCAGGCUUUCAUCAACUCCUUCUUCUUGACAUAUACGCUCAUAGCUCCGGUCCUAAAGCGGUACCUUGGCCCUAAUAUCACACCCGGGAAUCGGGCCGGGGUCCUCUCUCCUUACUAUGUUUUCUUCUCGCUUUUCCAGUACGCUAUAUGCUACGCCAUCACGGAGAUCAUACUACAUAUAGAAGGCAAGGUAAUCGCGCCGGAUUUCGAUGACGGCGACGGUACCGGUCACGCAGUGCGAACCCACGGAACCUGGAUGGUGCUUACUUAUGUGUUGUUGGCAAUUUGUCAGCUGUGGCACCGCCUUCUUCCCCACUAUAAUCCAAAGGGCUCUGCAGGCUAUGUCUUCUGCCGCUUUGUCAUCUGGAUUCUCCUGAUCUUCGUCUUUGCCAUUGGCUAUCUGGCCUACUUUGAGUUUGUUGUUUGGUGGGCGCUAGUCACGAAGCUUAAGUUCUUAGACGACGCCUCCUACAACACGCACACUCUUAAGCCAUCUUUCACCUUUAGUUUCUCUGCCUUGGGGAUGACUCUUCUCUGGCAGGCGAUGACUCACUAUUCUCGUAAGUCUAACGAAGUCAAAAUCGUCUUUAGAUAA